AUGAAGCUCGUCCGAUUUUUGAUGAAAUGCGCCAACGAGACGGUGACCAUUGAGCUCAAGAAUGGCACCAUUCUCCACGGCACCAUCACAUCCGUUUCCCCUCAAAUGAACACCUCUCUCCGCACCGUCAAGAUGACCCCCAAGGGCCGUGACCCCAUCUCCCUCGACACUAUCAACAUCCGCGGUUCCACCAUCCGUUACUACAUCCUUCCCGACAGUUUGCCGCUAGACACUCUACUUGUGGAUGACGCCCCCAAGCCCAAGAACAAGGCCCGCAAGGAGGCAGACCGCGGCCGCGGCCGUGGUGGUCCCCGUGGUGGCAGGGGUCGUGGUGGUCCCCGCGGUGGCCGCGGGCGGGGGCGUGGAUUCUAA